CUCGCAUUCGGACGACGACGCGAUUGCUGGAGAUCGAACGACGUUGUGGCGGUCGUCGAAGACUCGGAGGGGUCGACGAUCCCUUCCAAAAUUCGAUGGGGAUCGUACAAAUAAAACGUAACCUCGGCAUUGACGUGUGCCCGUGAAUGCUUGUCAUGUUGGGGCUGCUUUCUCAUCCAACACGCAGACUGUCUGCGGAGCAAAGUGCAUCUGACCAGUGCCGUCAACGUCAACGUUGGGGGGAUGAGGGGUGGCGGGAGGUGGACGAAGCCCGACGUAACGGGUCAUCGGUGAUUUAUAGUCUACCGCAACGUGUGGAGGGUGGGGUGCCACCCUGGGAUGCCCAUAACCCUACCAUUCCCCGACGACGAUGAUCUUGGUGUGGAUCAGUCGAUGGCGUUUGAAACCGUGACCAAAUUGGAACCAGUAGAUGCUUCCGUUAUUGAAGCCGGCAAGAAAUUAGCGACAGGUAUUUUCUUGACCAAGGAUAUUGUCAACGCCCCGCACAACGUCUUGAUCUCGCUUUCGCUUGCCGAGACAGCUAAGCGCAUUGCCGAGCAGAGCGGUGGACGGAUCAUUUGUGAAAUCCUCGACAAAGAGGCCUGUGACGCCCGCUGUAUGGGUGGCUUCCUUGGAGUAGCGCGCGGCAGCGAAACGCCUCCUCAGUUCAUCCAUUUAACCUACACUCCACCCUCGGGAAAAAUUUCCAAGAAGGUCGGAGUCAUUGGGAAAGGCCUCCUCUUCGACAUGGGCGGCUACAAUAUUAAGACCGCCAUGAUGGAACUCAUGAAGUCUGCACUGAAACACCGCGUUGGUCGAUUUUCCAAGGUCCUGUACUUUUUACUGAGCACAUGAUUCAGGCUGAACCAUGCAGCUUGGAGAGCUUUAAAGGAAGGAAACGUAUCUCCGACGGCUAUCAUCAUGCUCAGAGUGCAUUGUUUGGAAAGCCCUACAAUGAAAACUUUUCCGUUACG